AGUUGAAAACGAUAAUCAUGAAAUCCUAAGUUUUUUUUUUUUAAAUGGUCAGCACUAAUAUUAUAUAUAGUUGACAUAAGCAUUGUUCAAGCAUCACCAGAGGGGAAACUCAGGAAAAAAAUUGAUAUUCGAAUUUUAAUUUUAAUUCCAUUCCAUUAGAUAUCGGCCACGUCUUUUCCUAACUCCUAUUUAACCACAUCUCUCUAUCAGAAACUUCUUGUACACAAACCCUUUCUGAUCAUUGAGAAUCUUUGGCCUAUGACUUUCUCGAGGAACGAAGAAAUAAACGAUGCAGAUAUUGAGAUCCCAACUCUAUAUCUAUAUCAAAGCGGAGGUGAAAACACGGAAAGAGGCGGGGCAGAUGAUAACUUGGGGGAUUUAUUGAGUUUGGGGCUCAACAGACGGGAGGCCGCAACGAGCGGAGAGUGUGAUAAAGAAUCAAAGUCUGCAAUUGCAAGCAACAAAGUGUUUUCAUGCAACUUUUGCAUGAGAAAGUUUUAUAGUUCUCAAGCAUUGGGAGGCCACCAAAACGCACACAAGAGGGAAAGAGGGGCAGCCAAAAGGUUCCAACCUCACAAAACGGGGCUUCCAGUCAAUCCAAUGGGGUUUCGAUCACUUAGGGUACUGCAGCCUCAUUCUGUGGUUCACAAGGCUGUAAGAUCAGAAGGGUCUUCAAUGGUAGCAAGGUUUAGUGAUUCCAGCAGGCCUUGGUUUGGAGUUGCUGGUGGGACACCCUUUUUGGGUGAAAAACCAAUGGCUGCGAUUUGGCCUGGAAGCUUCCGACUUGAAAAUUUGCAAAAUCAAAAACCUCAACUUGAUGCAGAUUCCCAAAAGCUUGACUUAAAUCUGAGGUUAUAAAAAGUUUUACUCUGAGAUUAUAUCUAGUUGUUACAUAUAACUGUUUUAUCUCACUUAUUGAACAUUGACCCUUUUUCCCUUAAAAUAUGAAGGCUUUGUUAUCUUUGUUUAA